GGGGUGGAUGCCACGUCCCUCAAAAGCAUGGAGCUCUGGAGAUGUGAAGGUGGUAGGGAAAAGUCUGGGUCUUGAGCAAUGUAAGGACUGUGGUGCUCUGAUAUUUUAAACGAGAUUUAAAAUUAAGAGUAAUUCAAUGAAAUAAAUAAGGAUUUUUUAAACUUGGAUAAUGCUUUAACAACACAAAAAUAAACAUUAAAAAAACCCAACUGUCUCUGAAGUUAGACAUAAAGUCUCAGGUUGAGUUAUCGAUGUUUUUCAGAUCUCCACAAUGUCCAACCCUGUAAAAACCAAACUGUAGUAGAAUCACAGAAGUGAAACUAGAUGUUACCAUUUAUCACUUAUAAAGGGAAAUAUACAUCUAAACAGGAGUACUGCUGCUUAAUGGCUGUUUAUAUGGACUACAUAAAAGGAUAAAAAAGUUGUUCAAAUGUCACCCAGCAUAGCUUCUGCACUUGUUUCCAGAGAAGUUAAAAAUUAUAAUAUAACCCAUAGAAGCAAUUAUUUUGAUGUACACUGACCCAUUUUAUUUGCUUCAAUCAGUGCUUAAUGCACAUCCUGAAAACUGGUACGCAACAGAUGAGCCCAGCGUUCAGCGGUGGGAGCGUUGUAUUUAUUCACACUGUGUGAAAUAUGUACAUUUUCACAUUGUCGUGAACACUGGGGGAGGUACAGAAGUGCAAGUCAGAGAUCAGAAGACCCUUAUGAAUUCAAAUAUUUUUUUUAGAUCUUAUUUAACUACUGAUACAGGAAGUUAACUUACCUAAAGUCAACAGUUCACCAGGAAUUAUUUCAGUCUGCAGUCAAAAUGUAGGCAAAUUGUGAUGUAUUUAUUCCUGCACUUUAUUGAUGUUUUUCCCUGUUACUGAAAAUCUUUUGCAAAAUUAUUGCCUACAAGUUAAAAUUAUUAUGGACACACUGUGUUGCCCAUCUUCUGAAUUUGUGAGGAUAAAUGCAUUGGGCUGUCUGGAUGUUUUCACUACGUUUUCCUUUUGAGAUGAGUCACCAGGAAGUAAUAAAUUCUAAAUGUUACCCAACAAUAAUUAUUGAUACAAGUGUUCUUCAUAUUACUUCAUAGGAGGAAGCAAAUAACACUCCUUAUCAAUGAUGACACAACUUGUCAUACUCAGGAUUGGCAAAGCUCUUUUAUUAGAAGCUUAGUUUUGUAUUAAUGUAGAAUAUAAUUGUUCAUAUAUAUUGAAUGGAGGUAUUAUUUUAAAAGGGAAGUGCACUGUGUUGAGGAAGGGCUUGUUCUGUGUAGGCAAUGAUCUUACGUUAGAAAAUUACUUCAGUGAGCUGAUUUUGAACCAUUCCAAAUGGCUGUUGAUGGUGGGUGUGGGGACACUGGAGACUGGGAAGGUCGCUGGAACCAUGUAAAGAAGUUCCUCGAGCGAUCUGGACCAUUCACACAUCCUGAUUUCGAGCCAGGCACUCAAGCUCUUGAGUUUUUGUUAAACACAUGUAAAGUACUAGUUAUUGGAGCAGGAGGAUUAGGAUGCGAACUCCUGAAAAACCUGGCACUGUCUGGCUUUAGACAGAUCCAUGUUAUUGACAUGGAUACUAUAGAUGUUUCUAAUCUUAACCGACAAUUUCUGUUUCGACCAAAGGAUGUUGGGCGACCAAAAGCAGAAGUUGCAGCAGAAUUCCUCAACAGCCGCAUUCCCAACUGUGCUGUUGUAGCAUAUUUUAAAAAGAUUCAAGACAUGGAUGAAAGCUUCUAUCGACAGUUUCAUAUUAUUGUUUGUGGGCUGGACUCUAUAAUUGCAAGAAGAUGGAUAAAUGGCAUGCUGAUGUCAUUUUUACAUUAUGAAGAUGGUGUACUGGAUCCAAGUUCCAUCAUACCUUUAAUAGAUGGAGGGACAGAAGGUUUUAAAGGGAAUGUUCGUGUGAUUAUUCCUGGUAUGACAGCAUGUGUUGAGUGCACGCUCGAGCUUUAUCCACCACAGGUCAAUUUUCCCAUGUGUACUAUUGCAUCUAUGCCCAGACUACCAGAGCAUUGUAUUGAGUAUGUCAGGAUAUUGCAGUGGCCAAAGGAACAACCUUUUGGAGAAGGUGUUGCGUUGGAUGGAGAUGACCCUGAACAUAUACAGUGGAUUUACCAGAAGUCUUUAGAAAGAGCAUCACAAUUUAGUAUUAAAGGUGUUACAUACAGACUCACCCAAGGAGUGGUUAAACGAAUUAUUCCAGCAGUAGCUUCUACAAAUGCAGUAAUUGCAGCUGUUUGCGCCACUGAAGUUUUUAAAAUAGCCACAAGUGCAUACAUUCCUCUUAACAACUACUUGGUGUUUAAUGAUGCGGAUGGAUUAUACACAUACACAUUUGAAGCUGAAAGAAAGGAGAACUGUCCAGCCUGCAGCCAACUUCCCCAAAACAUAGAGAUUUCCCCAUCAGCUAAAUUACAGGAGAUCUUGGAUUACUUGACAAAUAACGCUUCAUUGCAAAUGAAAUCUCCUGCAAUCACAGCAACUAUGUAUGGGGGAAAUAAAACACUUUAUUUACAGACAGUAGCUUCAAUUGAAGAACGAACAAGGCCAAAUCUUUCCAAGACACUAAAAGAACUGGGGCUUGUGGAUGGCCAGGAGCUUGCAGUUGCUGAUGUUACCACACCACAGACGAUGCUGUUCAAGCUUCACUUUACCACUUAAUUUAUUCAUAAGUAAACCGCGUAUACAGUGAGAGACAUCUGUACCCACCUUGUAAAAAACCAUACUCUGUGGGUGUUAAAGCAACCCAAAAUGUUCCUGUUAGUGCUAGCACUGUUGAAGGUUAGGUAAUACAAUUGAAUCACCAUAUUUCAGAACUGUAUGUAGAAGCCAAUAUUUGGUGGAUUAUAUUUGUAUAAAUGCUUAUUAAUGUACAGAACUCUGAUGUAUAGGAAUACACUUUUUUCCAGUUUUUGUUGUCAAACUGUCAAUGCUAAGAUACUUUCAGACACAUGGAAAUUUUAAGGUGGCCAAAAGUCUUGUUUUUAACACAUGGGUGCACGUCUAUAUGCAAAGAGAAGACCCUUUAAAAGGAACCACAGCGAUCUGGUUUUAAAUUGUAGCACUCCUAUACACUUCCUGAGUCACCUUAAAACCAAAAGAGAUUAAAAUUAGCAUUUUCCUCUUAUUUCACACUGAUUUGAUCAAUUUUAUGAAAGGUGUUUGAGUAUGGAAGAGAUUACUUUGUUUACAAGCAAGCACGAAAGGACAGAAUGAUGAGCUGUACAUGAAAAUACAGACAUACCUACUCGCAGCCGCUGUGCGCAGCAUUGCAGAUUAUGUUUAAGUAUCAUUGGUGCUGUUAAGGUAUUUAUUAAUAAAAAAUCAUAAAGACGCCUUAGUUUGUGG